CGGGCCUCCCCGUUGGAUCGCUUGCCAAAUUUGUUUACGAGUGCGUGUCAUUUCGUGUGUGUGCGUGAUGUGUAGGGUGCAUAAUGUUGUCGGUACCGUCGACAAGCAUGACCAUGAGUCCCGAGACCCACAUGCGCUUAGCAGAACCGUUCCCUCCUUGUGCGAGAUCAGUGCGGCGUUAUAACGGUCAUACUUGCAUCGACGGAGCAACUGCAAAGGACUUCGAAGAGGACCCAUGGAUGACCGUCGUCCCGUACACGGACCGACAUCUUGACGAUUGGAGUGAUGCCACUUGGAAAGCGAUGGAGAGUGGCUGCCCUUGGGCAAGCCAUUACAAGUUUGCCAAUAUGUUAGAAUUCGGUGACCUCAUCACACUACCUGACGGUGUUCUUGAGCGCAAAUUCCUGAACCAUGUGCGCAAAACAGUACACUGCAUCAGCCGCCAUUGCAGUCGCCUCGAUUGCGAGUACAUCACGUCUUCGCCACGAACUUGGGGAAGUUCUCGGAAACAAGAGUUGCUGGACUGCGCUCGUCAUUGUUCGUUCUUGGAGCAGUACCCGCUCCGCCGCCCCGGGAUUUGUCCACAAGUUGUGUCAUACUGCGGUGUGCAGUUGACUAUUGCCGGAUGUGAUUUCGCCAGAGUGCUAUGUGUCUCUACUUCGAACAAAAGCAGGAAACUCGUCGAUGCAAUUGUGUAUGUUUCACGGAACGAGGUGGCAAUCGUGGCAGAAGGGGGAAGGCCGACGUACAGGUUCUCCCCAUUGCGGCUCCACAGUGCAGAUGGGUGGUCAGAUUUGAUAAUAGCAGGCCAGGUCGACGAUUUUUCAUUGUGGCAUGAGAUGGAAGAGAAAGUGUCCGACAUAAGACACUGUAUAGGGAAAUCCUUAGCACAACCAGGAGGGUUUGUCAGGAUGAAAUACAUGUCCGUGUUGUCGGAGAAUGCAACAGUCGAGGGACCGCAGAUCCACGUGUACGGAUCAUCAAUGAAUGCUAUGUACGGCUUCGGUUCACGACGUCGUCCGCGGGAAACCCCGUACGAUACACCCCGGCCGUCGACGUCGGCCUGGGGGGAAGAGGAGGGUGUGCAGCAGCCUGCACAUAAGAGGAGGGGAGGGCCUCAGGAAGAGGGUACGGGUUCUGCAAAGAAACACAAGGCAAGGACCCCCCAGACGACAGGGGGGAAAAGGAAGGGAGUUGAGGGGCAGGAGGGCACAUCGGGUCGAAAACGCCCGGCGUCGGUGCAGAAACAGCCUCAGCCAGGUGCUCUCGAGGCGAAGGGUCCCAUCGACGUCGACGCCCCGUACUUCCUAGAAUGGAAAGACGGUGUGCGGACAAAGCGCGAGUUCUUCAUUAGCCCAUCGCAGGUCGUCGACAUCGAUGACUGGGAACCGUCGUACAACCAACGGUCGUUGGAUCCUGUGCACACGCAGAUCAUCAUUGACGCGAUGAUGACGGCGUUCUCGCAAACCGAGAAGACGUACGAGUUGCCUACCCUCAAGCUGGCGCCGCUAGGGCUGGAGAAACCGAAGUCGGGCGUGCGGGCUGAUCGUCUGAAGCCAGAGGAUUGGAAGGACGAGCUCGCAGACCAAUACUAUUAUUACGCCGUUUCGGGCCAGCAUAACGCGGCUGCAGCCAAGGCGCUGCUGGGCACGGACAUCGCAUUGAGGUACAACUUCGGCAGGUGGCCUGCACGUACGGUUUACUUCUCGGACGAGGAGUUCAAUGGGUAUUUUUUGGUCAGCUCGGAGGACAACAUGAAGGACUUGAAGGCGCCUCCUAGACAGCUAAAACUAUCAAUGAAGAACAUUCGGUGGUUGUGGAGAGAGAAGGGUUUCCCAAAGGCUGUUAUGGGGAGCCCCAGCAGAAAACAAGCUCAGCUGAAGACAUGGCGUGAGUUCUGUUCGCAGGCGCUUCACAAAACGCCUUACAACCACUUAUGGCUUCUCGGUGAUGAGAAGGGUGAGGACAGUAUUAAGAAGCAGAACGCUGCCCUUCGCUCUUAUUUUCCGCUGGUGAUGGCUGGUAAAAGCGCGUGGGAGCUGGGUAUGGAAUUUUUCGAGAAAUGGGAGACGGGGAGACUUCUCGCACCCGAGGGGGCAAGGUGGAUCACAAGGAAACGGAAAGUGCAGGGCGUCAGGCCCGGCGUUAGCCACAUUGAAAACGACAAGUUGGGGCGAAAGGAGGUUGUCUACAACGUCCCCGUCGACGCGCCCCAAAAGAAAGGAAAGAAGGAGAAAGAGUCUGGCGAUUGGUUUGUCCAGGUCACCGAGCCGGAUCCGCACUGCUGGAAGAGCAUGGAAGCCCUUACCGACAACGAGAAAUGUUGGUUGCUCAAGAAGGUCCUCAACUGCGAGGUUGUGUGGGUGCAAACAGGCUCCGCAUCGUUGGCGAAGCAAGGCAAGGAAGCAGUGCACCUGCUCAAGUGCGAUCGCAUCUUGGUGCGAUUGUGGAACUACUAUCAGUUUGUGCACGAGAACCGGUCGGCCGCUGACUGGACACGUGCGUAUCCCUUCCUAAAGAAGCGGGAGUCUAUUUUGGCGGAGUUCGAAAAGCAGGGAAUGGAUGCCUCGUUGUGGGAGGGGAGCAGGAAGCUCGUCGGUGACGCCUCGCUGUUCAAGGGCUGCCCGCCAUACAUGGGGUGCGAGGACGACAAAACGACCAAGGCGACAGAAAAACUCGCCCAAAACAAGAAGUUGUCCGCCGACUGGAAGAACAAGGUUCUCUCAAUGUUGACGGGCAGUAGGGCGAAGAGCAUGGAGGUCGCGCUUGUCGAAGGCGUGGUGCACGUUCUGUGGAAAGACUCGGGGGAGGUGACAUCGAUUGCCCCGUUCGGCGUUGACCCUCUGGAGGCGCGGUUGAGGGUCACGGAGCUGGAGAAGGCGGUUGGGACCACUCUCACUCUCACACAAACACAUUCUUAGUGCGACCACCUCUUUUACGUUUUUCUCUCUCUCUCCAUAACACACUCUCACACAAACGCAUUCUUAGUGCGACCAUCUCUUUUACGUUUCUCUCUCUCUCUCUCCAUAGCACACUCUCACACAAACGCAUAAUUCAAGUGCAUUCUUAGUGCGACCACCUCUUUUACGUUUCUCUCUCUCUCUCUCCAUAACACACUCUCACACAAAUGCAUAAUGCUCGUCGAAGAGGUGGUCGCACUACGUAGCUCACCGUU